CCUCUCUCCCUCUCCCUCUCUCUCUCUCUCUCUCUCUCUCUCUCUCUCUCUCUCUCUCUCUCUCUACUAUAUAUAAAACCCAUCAAAUUACAUUAACAGAGACAAUAAGUAAAGACUAGCUACAAGUCUUUAGAACAAAGCUUCAACAUCUUUACAUAUUCUCUUUCUCGAUCUUCUUCCUCUCCAUGUCUGAUGAACCUAAAGAUCAUGUUUACUACCAUGACCUGUUCCAAGACAAUCAACAAGCGUACAAUCAAAAGCCUGCUUCCAAUAUUGCCGGUUCAUCGGCUUACAAUUCGGAGGGAUUUGAUCAUCCCUCCUACAUAAGCUUCACAGAGAGUUUGCAAGCACCCAUGGACUAUAAUUCAUUGGCAAGCGCCUUCGGCUUGUCACCCCCAUCCUCCGAAGUGUUUUCUUCCAUUGAAAGCAACCCGAUUUAUAAGCCGACGGAAGUCGGAGAUUUAGGUGGCAGCGGUGGUGGUGGUGGAGGAAAUGAUAUUCCGGUGACUCCCAACUCUUCCAUCUCUUCCUCUUCGACUGAGAUUGGCGGCGAGGAAGAUUCUGGCAAGAGUAAGAAAGACAGGCUGCCAAAAGAAUUAGAAGAUGGAGGGGAAAGCUCUAAGAAAGUGAGCAAAGGAAAGAAGAAAGGAGAGAAAAAGCAAAAGGAGCCACGUUUCGCCUUCAUGACCAAGAGUGAGGUUGAUCAUCUGGAAGAUGGAUAUAGAUGGAGAAAAUAUGGACAGAAGGCUGUAAAAAAUAGCCCUUAUCCAAGGAGCUAUUAUCGGUGCACGACGCAGAAGUGUGGAGUGAAGAAACGCGUGGAGAGGUCAUUCCAAGAUCCUACGGUUGUGAUUACGACGUAUGAAGGUCAGCACAACCACCCAGUUCCCGCAACGCUUAGAGGAAAUGCGGCUGGAAUGUUCCCACCUUCCAUGUUCACACCGCCGACAGGCGGACCGACGGCCUUUCCUCACCAAGACCUCUUCCUUCAGAUGGCGGCGCCUCAAAUGAAUAGCCAAGGUAGUUCUGCAGGCUCCAUUUAUUCGCAGAAUCUUAGUAACCCUCAUCACCAGCAGUAUCAUCAUCAUCAACUUGCCGACUACGGACUAUUACAAGACAUAAUUCCUGCUAUGUUCUUAAAACAAGAGCCAUGAAUCUCUCUCUCUCUCUCACUCUCUUAUUGUAUAUACACUUACUAGUUUCUUAUAUGAUAUAUAUAUAUAUAUCUUCCUGACUUUCCUAGAAUAACUUACAUUUUUCUUCGCUUCUAGCUUGUUAUACUUAUGCUCGAUUUAGAAGUGAAGUUGAAUCUUUAGAUUGAAGGUAGUUUGCUUGAAUUGCCACGAUGGGAAAUGAAAUGUGUGGAAGCAGAUGAGGUUUGGUAGUGUAGUUAAGUAGUGGUUUUAGAAGAAAGAGACGUGCUUGUACUACAUAUAUAUUUAUUCGAUCUGUCCAAUCGGAUCGAUCGAGCUUGUAUCCUUAA